GAGAGAGAGAGAGAGAGAGAGAAGUAAUGUGAACUUAAAGCGUCUCCAUCUUCCUGAUUGAUCAGACAGACAUAUUGAGGCAGCUCUCUGACAGUUUGAUGAUUUUCUGCAUCAGGAUCAAACUCAGAAUGAAUAUCCACCAGGUUCUGUUCUUCUGCUUCUUAUCAGCACUGCAGGAUGGAGACACUGGACUCAGCAAUGCAGUAGACCUUUAUGCUGGAGCUGAAGGAGGAAGUGGUUCAAUACAAUCCUACUUGACUUCGUCUGGAAACACCAAGUUCUUCUGUAAAGGAGAAUGUAAAGAAGAAAACAUUCUCAUUAAAACAGAUGAUGUCACAGCUCAGAGCGGCAGAUACAGCAUCGAAUAUAAAGACGGAUCCUCUGGAAGAAGAAUUGUGUAUGUGACCAUCAAACAGCUGACCAAGUCGGACUCAGGACGGUACAGAUGUGGUUUGGGUGGAUCUUUGGUUCCAGAUUCUUACUAUGACUUUGACCUCAUAGUUACAGAUGAAGCAACGUUGGGGGAAAACACUCGUUUCAUCAGUGCAGAAACUGAGGGAGGGAGUAUCACUCGUGGAUGCAAUGCUGCUUUCUAUGGAAGCAGGAAGUUCUUCUGUAAGGAUGAAUGUAAAAAAGAAGAAGACAUCCUGGUUGAAACAGCAGAGAACAGAGCUCAGAGUGGCAGAUACAGCAUUAAAUAUACAAAAGGAUCUGCAAUUGGACUGUAUGUGACCAUCACACAGCUGAAGAAGUCGGACUCUGGACGGUACAUGUGUGGUUACGGCAGACCUUCGACUCCAGAUUCAUCCCACUGGUUCCUGAUCAUUGUUGUAGAUGAUCCAACCACUGAAGAACCAAACUGGACUCUCCGACCUUUUCCAACAUCAGUCCCAUCAGCCUCCACACCAGCAACAACACAGAGUUUAAUCUCCAGUUCAGGAAGCUUCACACCUUCAUCAUCUUUCCCUGAAACCACAGAGCAGUUUGCAGCCGUCUCUGAUGUCUCUCGUCCAGUUUACUUCUGGCCUCUGGUUGUAUGUGUUCCUGUGAUUGUUGUGCUGGUUGCUGUUGUUCUGCUGUUCGUCUACAAACUGAAGAUGAGGAGGAACUCUGGUUUGAACACCAGAGAAACUUCAGACAGCAGAAACAAGGAGUUAUCUGUCGUCUAUGAGAACCCUCCUCCUGUCUCCCUGAGUGAAGACCCCGUCUACCAGAGUCUGGAUAUAGCCGACAUGGAUCCAGACCAAAUCUACUCUACACUCACAGAGACAGCAAACAUGUGA